CUUUGUAGGCUAACUUGUAACAUCAGUCUAAAGUUAUUUCAAGAGCCAUGGAGGAAAGUGAUAUACGUAAGUUAUUGACGACCAAAAAUGGAUGUCGUAUUCCUAAGAUGCUACCAAUACCAGAUGUGCAUAAGAUUGAUAAGCUGCCGUUUGUGCCUUUGCCUCCAUACAAUCGGAUUAAGGAGAAGCAAGCUAAAUACCGGAAAAUUCUUAAAGAGAGCGCCACCUAUAGAAAAAUAAGGAUCGCGCAACCGCCGCUAGAAAGAUGCGAAUUAGACAACCUAGAAAUUUCCCAAGAUCGACAUGUUGCAGUACUAAAACAAUGUGCUGAUAAGAUUCAACCACCACCAAUGCUCAAAUCAUGGGAGAGAAAAAUUAUCGGGUUAAUUCCAUCUAAACUGCGAAAUGCCUUUCCUGCUAUUACUGAAGAGCUGAUCCAGGAAAGUAAAGAAUCCUGGAAUGAGAAUCUUCAUGAUUUAGCCGUAAAAACUGUAAUUCGCGAAGUUCCCGGUGUGCCCAGAAAGCGAUAUGAAGAGCCGCUUUUCAAAUUUAACGGCAUUACCGCAAAUUAUGACAGAAUGCUUAAGUUUCGGAAAAAACUACAGGAUGGAUCCCUAUUAUUACAUCCGUUUAUUAGAUUAGUUCUUGAAUCAUCUGAAAAAUCCUUUCCACCCCACAUCAUAAGUUUAGCUAAAUAUCGCGCUCGGGGUCCUAUGGACUUAGAAGAUUUCCAAACAAAGGUUUUAGAAGAAAUUAAACGUGCUGAUUAUCUCGUAUCCAGUACUUGGUAUUCAAUACUAGUUACAUGGCUAAAAAAUCCUCGUUGCUUAAAAGGCAUGCGUCCCAAGCGGAUACCAGUAUUUGUAAAAUGUGCCACCAAGAUGAUAUCUAUGCAAAUCCAAGAAUUAAUGCGUCGUUCUAUUGAGGCUUUAAUCACGGCAUUGAAGGAUCCGGACUCUGUGCCUAUCUUAAACCUUGAUUUAGACUUUGAUGGUGAAUUUUUUUAUGACCCUUCUCUGGAAACCGUUUAUGAGGUCUUUCAUAAUAUCGCAAAUGGCAUAUCACAUAUAUCGCAACGCCUUAUGCCCAUUGAGCAAUAUUUAAAAAUUCCAUACAACUAUGAUGCAUUACCUGUCCAAUACAACGAGUGGCUUCACAAAGAUGGACAUGAGAGGUUACAAAAGGCACUAACUGCUGUUUAUUCUCCUUUGGUGCAAUAUGUAGAAAGACUGAAAAAGGAAUACAGUAUGCUAUAUGGUGCCCCUGCUAAGGCAGCACUUCUGAAGUUUAUAAAUGAAGCUGGGGAAUUUGAAGAAUCUCGGGAUAAAAUCAAAUACUUUCAAGGUAUUGAUUCAGAAAUAACGGCUAUUUUAGAAAAUGAAUAUUUCAACUGCGCUGUUGUAUGCCAAUUACGUAUGGUUGAUGGAUUAAAACUAAAAGCAAUGGAAUUUAUCAAUGACAUUAUUGCCGGUAUAGUAAAGAACCAUAUGGAAGAAAAUGAUUCAAUUUGUCAUGAAUUUGAAAUAAUAGCCAGAAGGGCCUUGAAAGAACCAGAAAAUGCAGCUGAAUUGAUUGAACAGGGUGUAUAUAUUUUAGAAGCUAAAACUGUUUUGGUUGAAAUUUUGAAGGAAAGAAUAUUGAGACAACUUAAUAUUAUUUCUAACCUGUUGGAGAUGACAUCGUUAAGUCCGGAACACGUUGCCUCUAAUACUAAAACAGUUAACUGGUUAACUGAUAUUAAACCAAUAUUUGAGAAGAAUGCCGCCGCCUAUGAAACUUUUAAAGGUGAAAUGGAAGACAAUUUACAACGUAAAAUCGCAAAAUUAAAUAAAGAGGUAGUAGAUAUGAUACCCUACCUACAACUUCUGGAUAAUAUGGAUGACAUUAAUCAUACACUUGAAUAUUUAGAACAUUUACGUAAGCUUGUACAUAGACUUGAUGCUUGUGACAAAUUGGUCACGUGGAUAAACAACGAGGAAAAAACGUUUAAAUUUCCCUUAACACAGUACCCAGAUUUAGAAGAGUUAAAAGAUUUUAUUUUGCCGUUUCAUAGUUUAGUUCACCUCGUUCAUCGGUGGAAACGUAGUUACUAUACCUGGAUGGACGGACCAUUUGAAUAUUUAGACCACAAUCAGAUUGAACAAGACCAUGAUUUUUAUUACAAAGAAUUUUUGAAGCUUUCAAAAAACUAUAGGACUAAAAUAAAACAACAAAUAGCUGAAGGAGUUGAGAAGAGGUUUCAAGGCCUUGUUGAUGACCCCGAUAUUAAUAAUUUGCCUGCGCCUAUGAAAUUAUGUGCACAAGCAGUCGUAGAAAUAAAAGAUUGGAGACCAAAUGUUCAAAUGGGUCAUAUCAUGUGCAACCCCGCUCUAGUGCAGAGACAUUGGGAUGAAAUGUCAUCUAUUGCCGGAUUCGAAUUGACGCCAACAGCAGGAACCACAUUGAGAAAAAUAAUUAAUUUCAAUUUAUGGGACGAUAUUGAUCAAUAUGAAAUUGUAAGUGUUGCGGCAACGAAGGAAUUAGCUCUGAUUACGAAUCUUAAUAAAAUGAUAGCAGAAUGGACCGAUAUAUGUUUUAAAACAAGCCCUUAUAAAGAUACUGGUAUCUUCAUUCUUUCUGGCUUAGAUGAUAUUCAAAGUGUCUUGGAUGAUCAUAUAGUUAAAACAGUUGGUAUGCGAGGAUCUGCUUUUGUGAAACCAUUUGAAGUGCAAGUGAGGACCUGGUAUGAUAAAAUAAUUCGUGUGAAUUCAACAAUUGAUGAGUGGGGCAAGGUUCAAAGUCAAUGGCUCUAUUUGUUACCAAUUUUUUCAUCUAAAGAUAUUGUUGCACAAAUGCAAGAAGAAGGCGUUAUGUUUGUUGAAGUCAAUAAUAUUUAUCGACGUUACAUGGGAUCAGUAGAGAAAGAUCCGCAUGUACUUGAUGUUGCCGGUGGGGCCGGAGUGUUAGAGUCUUUUAGAAUAGCAUCAGGCCUACUUGAAAAAAUUAAUGAUGGUGUCAAUAAUUAUCUUGAGAAAAAAAGAUUAUACUUUUCACGUUUCUUCUUUUUAUCGAAUGACGAAAUGCUGGAAAUUUUAUCAGAAACCAAAAAUCCAUUGAAAGUUCAGCCACAUCUAAAAAAAUGUUUUGAGGGUAUUAAUAGAUUGGUUUUCGAUCCAGAAUUUAACAUAUUAGCUAUGAUAUCCAUGGAAGGUGAACAAAUUGAAUUUCUUGAAACGAUAAGUGUCGCCGCAGCGAGAGGUUCCGUCGAAAAGUGGCUGUUACAAGUUGAGGAUCAAAUGCUGAAAGCAGUUAAAUCUGAAACAGAAUUAUCAUAUUACGACUAUCCAAAUAUGGGUCGUGUCGAAUGGAUAUUAUCGUGGGAGGGUAUGGUUGUAUUAGCAAUAUCUCAAAUUUACUGGGCCGUUGAUGUUCAUGAGUGCUUAAAUACUCAUAAACUCAGCCAACUUCAAGAAUUUCACGUAGGUCUGACAAAACAACUAAACGAAACUGUUGCUGUUAUUAGAAGGUCUGAUUUGACUAAAUUGAGUAGUAUAACUGUGAAAGCAUUAAUUGUAAUUGAUGUACACGCUAAAGAUGUAAUAUAUGAGUUAAUAGGAAAAAAUGUAACUGAAGUUACCGAUUUUCAAUGGCUAGCACAACUACGCUACUAUUGGGAAGAAGAAAAAGUUUUUGUAAAAAUCAUUAAUGCCGUAGUUAAUUAUGCUUAUGAAUAUCUAGGAAAUUCAGAUCGCUUAGUUAUAACGCCAUUAACAGAUCGUUGUUAUCGUACUUUAAUAGGAGCUUAUUAUCUUCAUCUAAACGGUGCUCCUGAAGGUCCAGCUGGUACGGGUAAAACUGAAACCACCAAAGACUUAGCGAAAGCAUUGGCCGUGCAAUGUGUCGUAUUCAAUUGUUCUGAUGGCUUAGAUUACAAAGCUAUGGGGAAAUUCUUUAAAGGCUUAGCUUCUUGUGGGGCCUGGGUGUGCUUUGAUGAGUUUAACCGUAUUGAAGUAGAGGUUUUGUCGGUGAUAGCUCAACAGAUUUUAUGUAUUGUACAAGCAGUAAGGCAGCACCUUGAAACUUUUGAUUUUGAAGGUACUACCUUAACAUUAAAUCCGGCUUGUUAUGUGUGUAUCACUAUGAAUCCUGGUUACGCUGGUCGAUCUGAACUUCCAGACAAUUUGAAGGUAUUAUUUAGAACAGUGGCUAUGAUGGUGCCUGACUAUGCUAUGAUUGGUGAGAUAUCGUUGUAUUCCUUUGGAUUUAUUGAUGCUCGAAACUUAUCAGUUAAAAUUGUGACAACAUAUCGACUUUGUUCGGAACAAUUAUCGUCUCAAAACCAUUAUGACUAUGGCAUGCGUGCUGUAAAAACAGUUUUAUCAGCGGCUGGUAAUUUAAAAAGAAGUUUUCCUAAUGAAAGUGAAAGUAUUUUAUUACUAAGAUCAAUAACAGAUGUUAAUUUACCUAAGUUUUUAUCGUUUGACGUACCUUUAUUUGAAGGAAUAAUAUCAGAUUUGUUUCCAGGAAUUUCUUUACCUAAACCAGAUUAUGAAAAUUUUUUAAACGCAUGUCACGAUGUUUGUGCUGUUAAUAAUUUGCAGCCUAUGGAAUGUGCUCUCGUUAAAAUUAUACAAACUUAUGAAAUGAUGAUUGUAAGACAUGGGUUCAUGCUUGUUGGUGACCCGUUUGCUGGGAAAUCUAUGACAUUAAAAGUUUUAGCAGAAGCUUUGACUUUAAUGCAUGAAAGAAACCAACCCGGUGGCUGUCCCUCAACUUACAAAGUUCUGAAUCCUAAAGCUGUAACGAUGGGUCAACUGUAUGGAGCAUUUGACCCUGUAUCUUAUGAAUGGACGGAUGGGAUUGUUGCUACUAUGUUUAGGAACUUUGCGUCUGAAGAUACUCCUGAACGAAAAUGGAUUGUAUUUGAUGGUCCUGUUGACGCAGUUUGGAUAGAAAAUAUGAAUACAGUUUUAGAUGAUAAUAAAAAGCUUUGCCUUACUUCAGGUGAGGUAAUGGCGAUGUCUAACGUGAUGUCUAUGAUUUUUGAAGUUAUGGACUUAUCUCAAGCCUCGCCUGCUACCGUAUCUCGUUGUGGUAUGAUAUAUAUGGAAUCAGCCUCGUUAGGUUUUAUGCCCUUUUAUAAGUCAUGGCUAAACACUUUAAAUCCAAUAUGGCUAGAAGAAAAUGAGGAAUUUAUUUUCACAUUAUGUGAAUGGCUUUUUGAUCCGUUAGUUUAUUUUGUCAGGCGACAAUGUAUUCAACUGGUCACGGCUGGCGAAGUGAAUUUAAUUAUAAGCACCCUCCGAUUAAUAGAAAUGUUGAUGGAUAGUGCUAUUGAAGGGGAAGAGGAUUCAAAGUAUAUAAGAACUUGGAUACUAGCUUCAGUUAUGACUGCAAUAGUUUGGGGUAUUGGUGGAAUAUUACAUACAGACUCUCGCGAAAAGUUUGAUGAAUUAGUAAAAGAUUAUUUUAAAGGUGAAUUUGGUAUUCCCGCUAACUUAGAGAGACUUGACGUCUCAAUUCCUUCGGAAGGUAUGAUAAUUGAUCAUUAUUAUAUGUACAAAACUAAAGGUUGCUGGAAACCAUGGCCUGAAGCUGUAAAAGCAGCUCAAGUAAAAGAACAAAUAAAUUUAUUGCAGACUGUUAUUCCAACUCUUGAGACGGAAAAAUAUAUUUAUCUUUUAAAACUUCAUACCAAGUUUUUAAAGCCUAUCCUACUUAUUGGCCCGACUGGUACUGGAAAAAGUUUUUACGUACAAAAUUUUCUUAUGAACUGCAUUGAUAUGGAAAAGUACACACCCGGUUUUAUAACUUUUACAACCACUACUUCAGCUAACCAAACACAGGAUCUUGUGUUGUCGAAGCUGGUAAAAAGAAGAAAGAACAAUUACGGACCUGUUAAAGGAAAACAGGCUAUCAUUUUUAUAGAUGAUAUGAAUAUGCCAGCAAAAGAAGUAUAUGGUGCCCAACCUGCUAUAGAAUUAUUGAGAUUAUAUUUUGACAUCAAACAUUGGUAUGACUUAAAAACUACAGAUAAUUUAUACUUAUACGAUACAACGUUCUACGGUGCUAUUGGACCAGUGGGAGGAAGUAGACAGCUCAUUUAUCCCAGAAUGUUGAGACACUAUAAUAUUUACUCAAUAAACGAAUUUUCAAAGGAAAGUAUGUCAAAAAUAUUUACAUCAUUGUUACAACUUGGAUGGAGAAGAAAUGGUUUCGGACAAGAUACGCAACCUGUUAUUGUUAAUAUUAUUGCCGCCACCAUGGAAAUAUACGACCAAGCUACUGAAGGUCUAAGGCCAACACCUGCAAAAUCUCAUUACAUAUUUAAUUUAAGAGAUUUUUCGAGAGUUAUUCAAGGUUGUGCAUUAUUGCGAAAAGAAUCAGCAGAUAGUAAAAAAACUUUUACCAGGGUAUGGGUACAUGAAAUCUUACGAGUAUUUUAUGAUAGGCUUGUAGAUGACCCAGACCGGUUAUGGUUUUUUAAUAUACUGAAAAAAGCUACGAGAGACUUUAUGAAGGAUACAUUUGAGUCUGCUUUAGAUUCCUAUCAAGAUGAAAAGGGUGAUGUCACUCAAGAGAAUAUUAAAAAUUUAAUGUUUGGUUGUUAUUUAGAUACUGACAGCGUUGAAGGUGAACGUAGAUAUGAUGAAAUGCCUUCUAAAGAAGUGGUUCUUAAUGUGGCAAUUCAAAUGUUGGCUGAGUAUAAUGCGAUGCAUAAAGCUAAAAUGAAUAUAGUCUUAUUCGAUUACGCUUUAGAGCAUUUAUCUAAAAUAUGUCGACUACUUUCAAUGCCAUCUGGCAAUGCAUUACUUGUUGGUGUUGGAGGUUCAGGUCGGCAAUCUCUUACACGCUUAGCAAGUACAGUUUUGGGUCAACAAACUUUUCAACCUGAAAUCACGAAAUCUUACAGUGUUAAAGAUUGGCAUGAUGAUCUUAAGUUAGUUUUACGAGAAUCCGGAGGAUUAAAUAAAGAUACAACUUUCUUAUUUACUGAAAGUCAAAUAAAAGAGGAAACUUUCAUACAAAAUUUGGAUAGUUUAUUGAAUUCUGGUGAAGUGCCUAAUUUAUACGGCUUAGAUGAAAAGCAAGAAAUUCUUGAAUUAGUACGUCUCGCAGCACAGGGAGGUAAUAGAAAUUUGGAUAUAAGUCCUUUGCAAAUAUUUUCAUUCUUUGUAGGCCGAUGUAAAGCAAAACUUCAUAUUGUUUUAUGCUUUAGUCCAAUUGGCAGCUCUUUUCGAACUAGACUGAGGCUAUAUCCUUCUUUAGUAAAUUGCUGUACAAUUGAUUGGUAUGACAGCUGGCCUGAAGAAGCUUUGGAAAUGGUAGCAAAUCAUUAUAUGGGUAAAGUUAAUGUAGCAGACGUUAUAAAGCAAGCCGCUGUUAUUGCUUGUAAACAAUUUCACGUAGAUGCACGUAAAGUCUCAACAGAUUUUUAUAACGAUUUUGGACGUAAAACUUAUAUUACAUCAGCUUCGUAUUUGGAUUUAAUAAAAUCUUUCACUACAUUAACCAAUCGAAAACAAAGGGAGUUACGAGCCGCGAAAUUACGAUAUACCAAUGGUCUUGAUAAACUUAUGCAAGCAGCAGACGCAGUAGCAAUAAUGCAACGUGAUUUGAAUGCGUUAAAACCACAACUUAUUAUAAUGGCCGCAAAAUCAACCAAAAUGAUGGAAGAAAUUGCAGUAGAAACUGCAAUAGCAGAUAAAGCUGCAGCACAGGUAAGAGAAGACCAAAAGGUUGCAAAUGUGCAGGCGGCAGCAGCACAAGAACUCAAGAAAGAUUGUGAAGCAGAUCUAGCUCUAGCUUUACCAAUUUUAGAAGACGCUAUCGCAGCUUUAAACACGCUAAAGCCGGCCGAUAUUACUAUCGUAAAGUCUAUGAAAAAUCCUCCUGCUACGGUAAAGCUGGUAAUGGCAGCAGUUUGUGUUAUGAAAGGCUUGCCUCCUGACAAAAUACCUGAUCCUGACAACCCAGGUAAAAAAAUAUUUGAUUUUUGGGGUCCAAGUAAAAGAAUCUUAGGUGAUAUGAGUUUCUUAGAAUCAUUAAAAAAUUUUGAUAAGGAUAAUAUUCCAAUCGCAACGAUGCAAAAGAUUAGGAAGGAAUAUCUGUCUAAUAAAGACUUUAAGCCACAUAUCAUUGCAAAAGCGUCGACGGCUGCUGAAGGUCUUUGUAAAUGGAUAAUUGCUAUGGAUAUGUAUGACGCGGUAGCAAAAGUAGUUGCGCCUAAAAAGGCAAAAUUGGAGGCAGCUGAAAGAGAAUUCGCGCAGACUAUGGCUAUUCUAGAAGAAAAAAAGGCAACUGUUGCCCGAUUAGAAGCAAAAUUGGCAGAAUUAAACGAGGCCUUGGAGGAAGCCAAUAUAAAGAAGAAAGCUUUAGAAGAUGAAGUGCAAUUGUGUAUAGACAAAUUGUAUCGUGCUGAAAAAUUGAUUGGUGGACUAGGUGGUGAAAGAGUCAGGUGGACAGCUGCUGCCGAAAACCUUCAAAAAUUAUACGAUAAUUUGGCAGGGGACAUUUUAGUAUCUUGCGGUAUUAUUGCCUACUUGUCACCGUAUACACUACCUGUUCGCACAUCUAUUACUGAAACAUGGCGAAAGCUAGUAAUUGAUUUAAAAAUGCCUCAUUCAGAUCAAUUUGUUUUUAAGGACAUUUUGGGUACUGAUAUCAAAAUACAAAAUUGGUGUAUUGCUGGGUUACCCAGAGAUUCGUUUUCUAUCGACAAUGCAAUUAUACAAGACAAUUCAAUGAGAUGGUCCCUGCUUGUGGAUCCUCAAGGGCAGGCUAAUAAAUGGAUAAAAACUAUGGAAAAAUCAAAUGAUCUACAAGUAAUGAAGUUUACAGAUGGCAAUUAUAUGAAAGUGAUUGAAACUUGUUUAGAAUACGGUAAACCGGCACUAAUUGAUUGCAUACUAGAGGAUGUGGAAGCUCCUUUAGAUCCUGUUCUACUUAAGAAUACUUACAUGCAAGCUGGUAAAGAGUUUAUAGCUCUUGGUGAUAAUGUCAUUGAAUAUCACCCAAAUUUCAGGCUUUACAUGACUACUAAACUUAGAAACCCACAUUAUUUACCAGAAGUAUUUAAUAAAGUUACUCUUAUAAACUUUGCUUUAACUAAGGACGGACUAGAAGAUCAACUUCUAGGAAUUGUGGUUGCAAAAGAAAGACCUGAUUUACAGGAAAAGCGGGAAAAGUUGAUUGUACAAGGAGCGGCUAAUAGAUCUGCUUUAAAACAAGUUGAAGAUGACAUUUUACGAACUUUACAGGAAUCUAAAGGGGAUAUUUUAGAAGAUGAGAGCGCGAUAGAAGUUUUAGACUCAUCUAAAUUGCUAGCCAUUGAUAUUAUGAAAAAACAAGAGGCUAGCUUAGAAACCGAAGAAAUCAUAGAAAAAUUUAGAUUGGGUUAUCGACCCAUAGCCUCGCAUUCAGCUGUUUUAUAUUACUGUGUUACCGAAUUACCAAAUGUAGACCCCAUGUAUCAAUAUUCACUGACGUGGUUCAUUAAUUUGUAUAUUAUAUCCAUUGAAAACGCUAACAAAUCAAAGGAUUUAGACAAACGGUUAAAGUUUCUAAAAGAUACUUUCACAUACAAUUUAUACAGUAAUGUUUGCAGAUCCCUCUUUGAUAAAGAUAAACUAAUGUUUUCUUUUAUAAUGUGCUCUAAGAUGAUGUUAUCAACUGGUGAAAUGAAUCAUGACGAAUAUAAAUUUUUAAUCACUGGAGGUAUAGCUAUUGAGAAUCCACAUAAAAACCCUUUUGACUGGUUGCCGGAUAAAAGUUGGGAUGAAAUAUGUAGAAUUGACGAUUUACCUGCAUACAAAGGCUUUAAAAACAACUUCCUUAAUACUGUCGCAAAAUGGAAGGAAGUUUAUGAUGACCUUGAUCCGCAUACUAAACCUUUACCUGCCCCUUGGCACGAUAAAUUAACACCUUUUCAAAAACUCUUGAUAGUCAGACUUUUAAGGCCAGAUAAAUUAACGAUUGCUUUGUCUAACUUUGUAGAGAAUCAAAUGGGAGUAAAAUAUAUUACACCACCACCAUUCGAUAUAGGAAAGUCUUUUGGGGAUUCAAAUUGUUUAGCACCUUUAAUAUUUAUUUUAUCACCUGGCUCAGAUCCUAUGGGUGCGCUGAUAAAAUACUGUGAGAAAAUGGGUUAUGCACAUAGAUUUAAUUCCAUAUCAUUAGGACAAGGCCAGGGGCCAAUAGCCAGAGCAAUGAUUGAAAGGGCUCAGUUGGAAGGUGGUUGGGUUUGCUUACAAAACUGUCACUUAGCAGUUUCCUGGCUACCUGUAUUGGAGAAAAUUAUAGAAGGUUUUGAUCUUACUAAUACUGAUUUAAGCUUUAGGUUAUGGUUGACAAGCUAUCCAUCUGAUAAAUUCCCGCAGUCUGUAUUACAAGUAGGAGUGAAAAUGACGAACGAACCACCCACAGGGCUACAACAUAAUCUAAACAGAUCUUACUUAUCGGAACCAUUAAAAGAACCAGAGUUUUACGAAGGCUGUCCCGGAAAAGAUAAAGCCUUUAGUAAACUGUUGUAUGGAAUUAGUUUCUUUCAUGCAGUUGUCCAAGAAAGGAAAAAGUUUGGACCUUUGGGAUGGAACAUACAGUACGGUUUCAAUGAUUCUGACUUUCACAUAUCGGUUAUGCAGUUACAAAUGUUUUUAAACCAAUACGAAGAAAUACAAUACGUAGCUAUUAAAUAUUUGACAGGUGAGUGUAAUUAUGGUGGUCGAGUAACUGAUGAUUGGGAUAGACGUCUGAUUAUUACAAUUUUAGAUAAUUAUGUCAAUUCUGGUGUUGUUCAUGAUCCCAAUUACUUAUUUUGUGAUCUUGGUGCUCAAUAUGGUUUACCACGUAGGUGUGAAUAUCAGGACUAUCUCAAGCACAUUGAAUCUGUACCUGUAAAUCCUCCCCCCGAGGUUUUCGGACUGCAUAUGAACGCAGGAAUAACACGAGACUAUACUAUUUCAAUGGAACUAACAGCAGCUUUAGUUCUAGUUGAGGGAUCAGGUUCCGGAAGUGAAGGUGGAAACACUGAAAUAAUCCUCAUGCAAAUGGCAACAGAAAUUCUUUCGAAAUUGCCACCGGCAUUCGAUGUAGAGACUGCUCAAAAGAAAUAUCCCGUUGAUUACAAUGAAUCUAUGAAUACAGUACUUAUACAAGAAAUGGAAAGAUUUAAUAAACUUCUCCGUGAGAUAAAAUCUUCACUUUUAGAUUUACAAAAAGCUGUCAAAGGGUUUAUCGUGAUGUCCCCAGCCUUGGAUCUACAGUCUAACGCUAUGCUUCUCGGUCGUAUUCCAAGUAACUGGUCAAAAGUGUCUUAUCCUAGUUUAAAACCACUACCGAGUUAUGUUGCUGACUUCAUUGAUCGGCUGGCUAUGUUAGAAGACUGGUAUCAGAAUGGGAAGCCAUCUACAUUUUGGCUAUCAGGAUUUUUCUUUACACAAGCAUUUUUAACUGGCUCUGUCCAAAACUUUGCUCGAUCAAAGAAAAUUCCAAUAGAUUUACUGAUUUUCGAUUUUGAAGUGAGAAAGGUUGAUUAUGAAACUGUACCACCUGAAUGGGGUGUUUAUGUGCAAGGACUUUUUAUGGAUGGCGGUCGUUGGGAUAGGAGUAAACAUGCAAUAGAUGAGCAGUUGCCUAAAAUAUUAAACGAUAACAUGCCAGCUGUAUGGCUAUAUCCAAAAUUAAAGAAUGAAUUUGCUGAAGGUUCUAGAUAUAGGUGUCCUCUUUAUAAGACGCUGGAGAGAAAAGGAGUUCUAGCAACUACAGGUCAUUCUUCGAAUUUCGUUCUUGCUUUUUAUUUGCCUUCAGAUAUGCCAACAGCUCACUGGGUAAAACGGAGUGUUGCCUUACUACUUCAGCUCGAUAACUAAUUAUUUACUACUAAAAUGUAAUUCUAACGAGAUUUUAUUAAUCUUAAAAAUGUGUACUACUCUAUUGGUAAACUAUAGUAAUAAUGUACUAGUUUUAAUAUUUUGCGAUAGUUAAAACAUGUC